AGAGGGAAGAAGAUCGAGGAGGAGGAUCCAUCUGCUCCAUCACUGCCGUCGAUGGGGAAGACGGGCGGGGAGGCGGCGAGGGAGUUCGUGGUCAGGGUGCCCAUGCACUGCCGCUGCAUCGGCUGCAGGAAGAAGCUGCGCGCCGCCGUGAGGGGCCUCAGGCAGGCCGCGGGCGUGCAGGCGGUGCACCAGUCGGCGGCGGAGGACACCGAGGAGUUGCGCCUGCUGGCCACGGCCGACCCCGAGCUGCUCCGAGGGCUCGUCCACAACGUCAUGGGCAAGCUUAAGAAAGUCGACCUCGUCUUCCCGCCCAAGAAGAAGGAGCGCUCCAGCGCCGGCGCUGGCGGCGGGAAGGAGGACCCUCGCCUCGUGGACGCCGCCGCCGUCCAGGGGCUGUUCGCCGAUCUGCAGAGGCAGGCCCCGCAGCCGCGCUAUCGUCAGCACGACCCUGCAGACCACCACCAGCACCAGCAGCAGCAUCAGCGACAGCCGGAACUCUGGUGGAACACCUAUGGCCCGGCGUACCCAUGGCUGCCGUCCUACUGCCCUGGCGCGUCAGCACCUGCUUGGGAAGCGUACGGGCACCCUCCGCCGGCGUCGGCACCACCUGGCCCCUACGUGCCCAGCGCGCCAUGGUGGCCCGGCGGCCCCGGCUACUGAUCGAUCGAGCGGUCGAGCCGAGCCGGUCGCACCAGUCGAGACGAGAACGUAUGCCAGACCUCAUCACGACAAGACGCCGAUCCACAUACAUAUAUAGAAUUACAUAUAGAUAUACGAGUAUAUAUAUAUAUAUAUACUUCGUAUACUUGUAUCUCGAUCGAUCAUUUGCUAUAAUUAAUAGUACGUGCUGCUAGUAUAGUAGCUAGCCUGAAUAAUCUACAUAUUGUAUU